AGGUCAAAACCCCACAAGUAAACACACUUUUGUUCACUCUUUUGAAGGAAAGUCUCUUGUUUUCCAGCCAUUAUUAGAAAUCUCUCUCUCUCUCUCUCUCUCUAGAAUUCUAUUAAUUAAGUUUUGUAAGAAGAUUCAUUACAUCUCUCCCAUUGUUAUCUGAAAGCAACUUAAGAGAGAGAAUGGGAAGAGGAAAGAUAGAGAUCAAGAGGAUAGAGAACACAAACAACAGGCAAGUAACAUACUCCAAAAGAAAGAAUGGAAUCAUCAAAAAAGCUAAGGAGAUUACUGUUCUCUGUGAUGCUAAUGUCUCUCUUGUUGUAUAUGGAUCUUCUGGCAAGAUGUAUGAGUACUGCAGCCCCAAUACCAACUUGACUGACAUGCUGGAUAGAUAUCAAAGGCUUUCUGGAAAUAAGUUGUGGGAUGCUAAACAUGAGAAUUUGCAGAUUGAAAUUGACAGAAUCAAGAAAGAGAAUGAGAGCAUGCAAAUUGAGCUCAGGCACUUGAAAGGGGAAGAUAUAACAUCUUUGAACUAUGAAGAACUAAUUGCAUUUGAAGAUGCACUUGAAAAUGGACUUACCCACAUUCGUGAGAAAAAGGAUGAAAUCCCCCAAAUUAUGAGGAAGCAUGAACAAGUUCUAGAGGAGGAGAAUAAGCACCUAAUGUAUAUGGUGCAACAAAGUGAAAUGGCAGCAAUGGGAGAUUACCAAGCAGAUGGACCCUUUUCUUUCCGUGUCCAACCGAUGCAGCCGAACUUGCAUGAGAGGAUGUAGUCACAUUUUCUGUAUGCAAGCACGUCUUGACCAAUUGAAGCUUAUAAUUGCAUUAAUUACCUGAGGUUUGUAAUCCGUUAAGUAUGGAGAUAUGGUGAUUUGCUAGGACUGCUAUGUUUCUUGUAGCUUUAUGUUUUAAGAUCAUCAUGAUGGUCCACCUAUUAAAAUUGCGGGUGUGCCUUGUUGGAAUUAUUAAACUAAGUUAUGUUUAUGUAUGUUAA